AUGACGAAAGCUAACGCAGUCGGUAUUGAUCUUGGCACCACAUAUUCGUGUGUGGGUGUCUUCAUGCACGGAAAAGUAGAAAUCAUCGCCAAUGAUCAAGGUAAUCGCACAACGCCUUCAUAUGUUGCAUUCACGGAUACAGAACGUCUUAUCGGAGAUGCCGCCAAGAAUCAAGUGGCCAUGAAUCCUCACAACACGGUAUUCGAUGCCAAGCGUCUGAUUGGACGUAAAUUCGACGAUCCUGCAGUCCAAUCCGAUAUGAAGCAUUGGCCGUUCAAAGUCAUAUCAGCCGAAGGCUCCAAGCCCAAGGUCCAAGUCGAAUACAAAGGAGAGGUCAAGGUUUUCACCCCUGAGGAAAUUUCAUCUAUGGUUCUGACGAAGAUGAAGGACACUGCAGAGGCCUUCCUUGGAUCAACGGUCAAGGAUGCCGUUGUUACUGUGCCAGCUUACUUCAACGAUUCCCAGCGUCAAGCCACUAAGGAUGCAGGAGCAAUUGCUGGCCUGAAUGUCCUUCGUAUCAUCAACGAACCCACUGCUGCUGCUAUCGCCUACGGUCUCGACAAGAAGGGUACCGGAGAGCGAAACGUACUCAUUUUCGAUCUUGGAGGUGGUACAUUCGAUGUGUCCAUCCUGACCAUCGAGGAUGGAAUCUUCGAAGUCAAGUCCACCGCUGGAGACACCCAUCUUGGAGGAGAAGAUUUCGAUAACCGAAUGGUCAACCACUUCGUCGCUGAAUUCAAGAGGAAGCACAAGAAGGAUCUCAACACCAAUCCUCGUGCUCUCCGACGUCUCCGUACUGCCUGCGAACGUGCAAAGCGUACGCUGUCAUCAUCGUCUCAGGCUUCGAUUGAGAUCGAUUCGCUGUUCGAGGGUAUCGACUUCUAUACUAACAUUACUCGUGCCCGAUUCGAGGAGCUUUGCGCUGACCUCUUCCGUUCGACCAUGGAUCCCGUUGAGAAGUCGCUGAGAGACGCCAAGAUGGACAAGAGCCAGGUUCAUGACAUCGUCCUGGUCGGAGGUUCCACUCGUAUUCCUAAAGUGCAGAAGCUGCUUUCUGAUUUGUUCUCUGGAAAGGAACUCAACAAGUCGAUCAACCCUGAUGAGGCUGUUGCCUACGGUGCUGCUGUUCAAGCAGCUAUUCUUUCGGGUGACAAGUCGGAGGCAGUGCAGGAUCUCCUCCUUCUUGAUGUGGCUCCUCUGUCUCUCGGUAUCGAAACUGCUGGAGGUGUGAUGACAGCUCUGAUCAAGAGGAACACGACCAUUCCCACGAAGACCAGCCAGACCUUCACCACCUACUCCGAUAACCAACCUGGUGUGCUGAUCCAAGUCUUCGAAGGAGAGCGUGCAAUGACCAAGGACAACAACCUGCUUGGAAAGUUCGAGCUGUCUGGAAUUCCACCCGCACCAAGAGGCGUGACCUUCGAUAUUGAUGCCAACGGUAUUCUGAAUGUAUCCGCGCAAGACAAGUCGACUGGAAAGCACAACAAGAUUACGAUUACCAACGACAAGGGUCGCUUGUCCAAGGAUGAAAUCGAACGAAUGGUUAACGAAGCUGAAAAGUACAAGGCUGAAGACGAGGCGCAGAAGGAUCGUAUUGGAGCAAAGAACUCUCUUGAGAGCUACGCCUUCAACAUGAAGCAGACCCUUGAAGACGAGAAAACAAGAUUUCGGCCGACGACCGUAAGAAGAAAGAAGAUCGAGGAGAAAUGCGACGAAGUCAUCAGAUGGCUUGACAGCAACCAGACCGCAGAAAAGGACGAGUUCGAGCACCAACAAAAGGAGCUUGAGUCUGUUUGCAACCCCAUCAUCACGAAGAUGUACCAAGCCGCCGGUGGAGCCCCUGGUGGAAUGCCCGGUGGUAUGCCAGGAGGUGGUGCCCACAGUGGUGGUGGCGCUGGUGGACCAACCAUCGAAGAAGUCGACUAA